CGCUCUUCAGGGCGCAGGCGCAGGGAGGGGGUUGGGGAGGAGGGAAAGCGGCGAGUAAGAUGGAAGAUGAGGAGGUCGCUGAGAGCUGGGAGGAGGCGGCAGACAGCGGGGAAAUAGACAGACGGUUGGAAAAAAAACUGAAGAUCACACAAAAGGAGAGCAGGAAAUCCAAAUCUCCUCCCAAAGUGCCCAUUGUGAUUCAGGACGAUAGCCUUCCCACGGGGCCCCCUCCACAGAUCCGCAUCCUCAAGAGGCCCACCAGCAACGGUGUGGUCAGCAGCCCCAACUCCACCAGCAGGCCAGCCCUUCCUGUCAAGUCCCUAGCCCAGCGGGAGGCAGAAUACGCAGAGGCCCGGAAGCGGAUCCUGGGCAGUGCCAGCCCCGAGGAGGAGCAAGAGAAACCCAUCCUCGACAGGCCAACCAGGAUCUCCCAACCCGAAGACAGCAGGCAGCCCAACAAUGUGAUCAGACAGCCUUUGGGUCCUGAUGGGUCACAAGGCUUCAAACAGCGUAGAUAAAUGCGGGCAGGAAAGGAUGCCGCCGCUGCUGCCGUCACCACCUCCUGGGUCGUCUGCCAUGGGUCGCACUGCCGUGGCAGACAGCUGGACUUGAGCAGAGGGAACGACCUGACUUACUUGCACUGUGAUCCCCUUUGCUCCGCCCACUGUGACCUUGAACCCCAUGCACUGUGACCUCUCUUCCCCCCCCCUUCCCACUGUGAUUGGCAUGUCUACAAGGGCUGUCCCAAGUCAAUGGAAAGGGAAAGGGUAGGGGUUAGAGGAGGGUUGGGGGGACCCACCAAGGACUCAGAGUAGAGAGUCGACAGUGCCACCUGGCCACUUGGGGUAAAGCCAGUGCCAGCAAUAACAGUUUAUCAUGCUCAUUAAUUUGGGAAUUCAAAACACAGAUGAGAACUCCUGUCCACCCACCUUCAAGUGCAUGUCUUCAUCACUUAAAAGCAAGUUCCAUUUGAAAAUAUCCUUUCUUUUUUUUCCUUUCCUUCCUAUUUUUGUUUGUUUAUGCAAAUAUUUGAUUUGGAAAAAAAAGUGCAUGGGAGGGGUUUUAGCAGUUUAAUGAAUUUUUAAUUGAGAAAGAGUAGUUUGGUAGUCUACUUAAAAAUGUUUCUGGGCAAUUCACUAGAAACAUUAACCAAUAGGAUUUUGGUGAGCUUAGCUUCUGUAUUCCUACUGCCGCCCGGAAAAGGGGCAGGGCUCUGCAGCCCCCAAUACAGAUGAGCACCCCAUGCCUAUACCUCCCUCCCCCAGCUAAGUCCCAGGGCAUCUGGGCCAUACCUGGAGACUGGGCUAGCUCUGCAGGCUCAGAGAGCCUGGGGAGGGUGCCAGCCCCUCACCUCUAGUAUUUUGGGAGAUAGGGAAAGUAAACAGACUUCCCUUUCCAAAAUUCCUCAGGGUGGUUCCCUACCAGCCAGGCUUACUACUAGAAGAGAGCAGGGAGUGAGGCUGCACUCCUGGACUUCAGGAGUAAGGGCUGCGGGACUUGCUCAGUAUUUUGCUGUUAGCAUAAGGAAAGCCAGGAGGCAGUCUGACUCCAGGACUCUGGGCCUCCUGCCUUGUGUGGUCAGAAGGUAGGUAAAUCUUCCCACUCCGGCAAGGCUUAGAAUGCUCAAGGGUCUGUGGAGUGUGGAGUGCCAUCUCUUGAUAGCAUCAGCUUGGUGACUCUACCCAGUAUGUUUCCUUUUUGAAAUCACUACCUUGGGAGCAGACUAUCCUGAAUACCUUUGGGAGAAGACAGGCUGUGCAUUACAAAGGUUGGUGAUGACAGACUGGUUCCCCACUGGCCUAGGUUACCCUCCACCCCUUUUUCCAGAGCGGAAUGAAGGCAGUUUCUCCUCUGUCCCUGGAGCCUGGAGAUUUGCUUUGGCUCUUUGAGGUGGACGAGGCUUAGAGGGCCCUGCCCAGAGCGGCUCUGUAUGUGUACAGUCUGGCCCCCUCAGGCUUUCUGAUCUCUUCUGUUGUACUGCGCCUUAGGUCCCUCGGCCAGCCAGACGGCCUCUUGGCUCAGCAGAUGAGUUUUGGAGUGGUUGGUGUGACAUUUGUGAUGAGGGCAGCUUGUGGUGGCCAAGGUGGCAAGCUAGCUUUUGCAGGCUCCCUCCACUUUGCCCUGUGGGGAUGUUGCCAGGCCCAGCAAGCCCUGGCCCACUGCACCUUCCCCUUAGGAAGACGGGCAGCCAGCUGUCAGUUGAGUCAGCAGCUAGUCCACAGCACAGCCUUACAACUGUGUGAAACUGGGAAAUUGCCCAUGAGCAGAGAUGGAACAAAGCUUCAGUCAGUAAAGACCUACAGGAUGUUGAAUCAUGCCUGCAGGCUAUUCUAAGGGGAAAUGACCUCCAGGAGUAGGCAAGGGAGAAGGUUGCUGCUGUCUUUACAGUUCCACUGCCCUGACCAAGUUUCCACAUUCUACAUGGAUAGUGUCCAUCCCUUAUGUAAUAGUAGUUUCUGGCCCAAGAUAAGGCUAUCCUUUUCAGUCGGAGAAGGGUGCAGAGGCAGGCCAGGUGGGAAGGCCAGAAGCGCUGAUUGCUCAGCCAUUGGGACCACCUAUUCUUGCUUCCUUCUCUCGUGGGAGCCAAGGGAAGGCUGGCCGAUGGGUGUCUGUGGAUGGAGGAUGUAGUAGGGACUGAUGCUCCCACCUCCCUCCGGCCAAAGAUGGGGCUCUGCCCACUGUGUGCCUGUCACCACCCACCAGCAGUUGUAUCCUGGCUUCCCAGAUGGGGAGGUGGCAGGCAAAAUUUUAAAAAGAAAGAAAGAAAAACGGAAACUAUUGUGUUGGGGGGAGGUGAGGGGGGAGAUGGGAGAACGGUUUGGAUUUUGUGUGUGUUUGUGGGUGUUUUUUUCUUUUUUUCCUUUUUUUUUUUUUUUUUUUUUUUUUUUUUGUAGUUGUCUAACUUUCCUUAAGUGCUUUUUUUUUUUUUUAAUUUUUUAAAAAAAAAUUUAAAAGUAAGCUGCAGGCUUUGGCUUGGAAAACCCCAGAGGAGUGGGGGCAGAAACCUGAGGCUGCUGCCCCUUUAUCUGCCUUUGUGGUACUGUCCCCUUCCCCCAGCUCCUUCCUGACCCCGUAAGCCAGGCCUCAGACCUUCCAGCUAACCGCUUCCCAUGAGCCACUACUCUGAUGUCAGCCUAUAACCAAAGGAGCUGGGGGUCUGGGCCUGGUGACCAACCCUUCUCCGCCCACUCAAUCAGGGUGCUCCCCACCUGCAGGCAGGAGGCAACACCCUAUCUGCUACCAUAAGCCCCUUCCAGAGCCCACUGCCCUGCCCUGCCCUGUCCAGCCCAGCCAUACCCUGCUCUGCCCCAUCUGGGGAUGCUCUGCUCAGGGAUGGGCCGGCAGGGCUGCCCCAGCCUCCCUGGUUGGCAGAGACUCUGGAAACCUCUGGGUUCCUGUUUUUGGCCAUGUGAUCUCAGGGGUGCACAUGGGCCCCUUGGGUGUCUGAACAGAAGGGCAUGGGAGGGAGGGCCGCACCCCUGCAGUCCUGCUCUGCUGGUCUAGCGGGCAGCUGCCCACCCUACCCCACCCCGCACCGCGGGCUCCUGAGUCGGCAGAUUAAGCAUUUUAUAAAUUGUAUUUUAAAUACAUGUUUUAAACUUGUCA